GAGGUGGUGUUUUUUGUUUGAUUUGUUGUUUUUUUUUAUCUAAAAGUAAUUAAAGACAUCGUUUAUUUUAUCUUUAAACUAAAGAACUAGUUUUAGAAUAACACUGCGGACGAAAUUACACCAUUGGAUUCGUCCGUGAUUGAGAACCGAUUCUUUUGAACGAGUCGUUCAUGAAUCGCGACCGGUCUGUGCAGUGAGGAGGACAGCAUUGACUCCCGAAGCAGUCAGAAGGCAAACAGCUUUUCUUCACGUCUCUCACGAUGAUGAGGAUCAUCUUGCUGUCGUGUCUUUGUGGUCUUCUUUCCCUAUCGUUUGCUCAACAGUCAGACACAGAGGAUGGAGGAACUGAGGAUGAGGUGGUCGAGCUCUUCACUACACCUCGCACUAAACUCAGCGCCGCAACCUCAGACUUCGGCUACAACCUCUUUCGUGCUCUGGCUGCCCGCGACCCCAAGUCCAGUGUCCUUCUGUCUCCCAUGAGCAUCUCAGCUGUCUUCACACAGCUCUCCAUGGGAGCAUCUGAGCGCACGAUGAAGCAUCUGCACCGGGUCCUGCGCUACCACACUCUUAAUGACCCGCAGCUUCACGACACUCUAAGAGACCUCCUUGCGUACCUCCGAGCCCCUGCCAAGGGCUUCAGUUCUGUAGAGCGCCUCCUCAUAGGAAAGAGGCUACGGCCUAACUUGGAGUACCUCAGCACCGUAGAGAAACAGUACGGGGAACGACCCCAAACUCUCAUGGGCGGAGCUCGGGAACUCAAGCCUGUAAAUGAUUGGUUCAGACAGCACACGGGGGGUAAAGUGGACCGUGUCCUUGGAACUGCUCUCCCACGUAAUCCAGCGGUGGUGCCUGUGGGAGCAGCCGCUUUCAAAGGAAAGUGGAUAACCAGGUUCAGCCAGACUGGUAAGAAGGAGGAGUUCCAGUUGGAUGGAGAAGCCCCAACUACCACAGCCAUGAUGAAGCAGGAUCAUUACCCAGUAAAGAUGGGCAUUGACUCAGACCUUGGCUGCACGAUAGCACAAGUACCCAUGGAGGAUGGAGUAAGCAUGUACUAUUUCCUGCCAGAUGAUGUGACUAAGAACUUGACCCUGAUCGAGGAAGCUUUGUCAGCCGAGUUUGUGCAGGAUCUGGCCAACACUCUGCACUCAGUCCAGGUUCAGCUCACACUCCCUGUACUCAAACUGGGCUACAGCACUGACCUCUUAGGUCCCCUCUCUGACAUGGGUCUAUCCGAUUGGCUGAGCUCCCCAGAGCUUGACAAGAUCACAUCUCAGCCAGUGAAGCUGACCACGGUCCGUCACAAGGUUGUCAUGGAGACAGCGCCAGAGGGUAGCCAAUAUCCCGGCACCCCCUCGGCUAACAACGGCCCGUCGUUGGUUCUUUCUUACAACGUGAACCGUCCCUUCAUCUUCUUGAUUCGUGACGAGCCGUCGGGCGCGCUCCUGUUCAUCGGAAAGGUACUCAACCCACGUGACCUGGCGAGUGUAUGAAAGCAGAGUACAUACAAGCGCACAGAUACAUAACGACAUGCGUCUAUAUACAACAGAGCUGCAGACUUCUACACUAACAUCAGGCUUAAGUUUAUUGAACUUUUUCAAAGCACUUCUGUGUUUUAAGACAUUCACGGUGCAUGAACAGUUCAAGCAAAGCUUCUUCAAUAAAUCAACAUGAACGAAUAUUAAACAAUCCAAUCGCACAUCUUUAUAAUUAAAACCCAAGUAUGAAUACGCACAAAUUCCCAGAGAUUAUUAGCGUUAUCAGCAAAGUUAUGAUGCAUUAAAAAUGGAUUUGUUUCAUUUUGUGUUUAAUAACAGCGUCAUAUGCAUUAAGAUUGCCAUGUUGGCAAAUUCCAUAUAUAUCCGAUCCCAAACAUUCCAGAUGAACAGUGCAUUAAAUCGUAGCUUCUAGAUAACAAGUAUUUGGAUUUUGCAUGUGAGUGCUUUGUGGAUUACUUUCAGUUAAAUGUAACACGUGCAUGACUUCUUUUUCUUAGCAGUUGGCAAUUCUGUUUGUAUAUUUACCAGCAGAAAUCAUCUGAAUUUGUAUAUUAAGACAAAUAAAAGAAAAUGACAAAACA